CUUCGUUCUGAAACCCAGAUCACAAUGGCGGCGGGCCAGAAUAUUCCAGAGCUUGGAGGCUAUGAUUUUGAGUUUAUAAGUGUAGUUCCCGAUGAUUUUGAAUGCCCUGUCUGUCAGUUGACAUUAAAAGAUCCCAUACAGAUUGGAGGAUGUGGCCACAGACUUUGUAACACAUGCUUAGAGAGCUUGUUGAGGAGACAUUCUCCAAUAUGUCCAGUAGACAGAGAGCCUCUUUCACGUGAUAAGAUAUUUCCAGAUGUCGCUUGUCAUCGCAAAAUUCUGGAUCUCGAGGUGAAAUGUUCUUAUGUUGGGUGUCCUUGGACUGGAGAACUCCGAGCUGUGCAGAAACAUCAGUCAGAAUGCCUGUUCAAAGUGGUGGGGUGUCCAAAUGAAGGAUGUAAAAAGAAGCUCACCAGGUCAGAUAUGAACAAUCACAUGAUAACGGAAUGUGUCCGGAGGGAAGUUAGUUGUGAAUAUUGUCGAGGAUCAUUUAUCGUGAAAAACAAGCAGCAACAUCAUAACGUCUGUCAAAAGUUUCCGGUUCAAUGUCCCAACAAUUGUGGUCUGAUAAGUAUUUUUUUCACGAGAAAAGAACUUAGGAUGCCAAAUUGCGGUAUGAAACAGCUUUCAGUUGAUAUCCAAUUGCAGUUUCAAAGAACAAGGACCAAAUCUCUCUUAGAAUCACACAUGGAAAGCCACUUGAACUUAGCUGUAUGCAGCCUUGAGACCACUCAGAAUCAGGUUAAAGAUCAGUCAAAGCAGAUUGAGCGAUUGACAUCUAUAUUCAGUGAUCAGUCACAGCAGUUGAAUGAUCAGUCACAGCAGAUAGACAGUUUAACGUCCACUGUGCAGGGUCUGGUGCAGCAGGUAGAAAGCCUGACAGGCCAAGCUGUGCUGAUGGACAAAAGGACCAACCAAACCAUUGACGAGACAAACAAGAUAGGGGCAACUAAUGACAAGGUUAAAGAGGGCUUCAAGCCCAAAUCAAUCAGCGAUAUUGAAGUUGGUAUGAAGGUAUUGUUUAGUUGGUUUGGGAAACUUCGAGGAACAGUCAAGUACGUUGGACCUGUAUGUGGACUAGGUUUGGUCGUCGGCAUAGUGUUAGAUCCAGGUGAAGUGCACCUGGUAGAGGCUGCUUCACCACGUUUGAUAACGUUCUUAAGUGUUACAGAUGACGAUAUCAGUAAUGUGGCUGCUGUUUCUUUGCUUCCAAUGUCAAAGAACAAGAAAAGUCAGAACAGUCUCUGA